AUGCCUCCCGCAGCGAGCCAGAAGGGCACCGGCAAGAAGGCCGGGCCCAACGCAAUGCGACAGCGCAGCCGCAACACAACACCGAGCUCUGCCGUCCCGUCCGCCAGUCUGCCACCCAUCGAAGCUGUCGACACCGAUUACCUCGAACUUCGUGUCGAACAGUUCCGAAACCUGACCUACGAUGACCUCGUCGAUUCAUCCAUACCUAGCUCUGCGAUACCCGACUUCAAAGCAUUUGAGGCCAUGAUCGCUCGUCUCCAGCGCCUGCAAGAGACCAUCGACAGACGAAGCAACUUCUGCGACAGGGGCAUGCGCAUACUAGCCAACACCCGCAAGCAAUACAUCAAUGAUGUCGACGAAGGCGCGAACGAAGGCGGCAAGACUGACGGCGAUUCCAAAAAGACCGGCAAGACGAACAAGAAGAAGAGGAAGGCCGCAGAUACCCUGGCACCCCAGGAUGCUGGAGUCGAGCGGACAUCCCCGCUUAGGGAAUCCACUAAACCACGAAAGCUUUCGCGCGACAACGACUCGGCCAGUUCUUCCCUGUCCCCAGUCGCGCCCGCCACGCCCUCAGCAAUGGAAGUCGACGAAAAAACCAAAGCAGAGGAAAAUGAAGACGAGGAAAGUUCAGAAGACGAGGGCGCGCCGCCCAAAAAGGCGCAGCCUGCGGCACACACAUUCGGCGACGACCCCUCGACCUUCCCCGACCCGACCGUCUACGAAAUUCGCCCGACACAUUCUGGCAUGUCCGAAGACGAGCUGAAGGAAAUUUACUCUGUUGCCGUGUUUCCCAAAAGCGAUUUGGCCGAUCUCAUAGCAGGAGAUCCGCCCGAUAAGGACUUUAGCAGCGCCAAACCGAACAACCAAAUCAGCUUCUCGACGUUUUCGACGUACAUCGAACCAUACUUUCGGCCAUUUGCGGAGGAGGAUCUCGCCUUUCUUAGAGAGCGAGGCGACCGCGUCACUCCUUUCCACAUGCCCAAAAGAGGCAAGAAACAUUAUAGCGAAAUUUGGGCGGAAGACGAUGGCGCCAUGGCACUCGACAAACCUCAGAACGGGCGUGAACAACUGGCCCCGAACCAGGCCCGCGGCGCGAUUGACAACAUGGACGAUGAGGUAGCGGAGACGGAUAAGCUCUCAGUCGGACCGCUGCUCUCACGGUUGAUGCAGGCAAUGCGACCCGAAAAUCGCCCACAGGUUGACGAAGAAAAGACCAGCGUCAACGGUGUCAGUAAUGGCGACACCGCUAUGAAUGGCAGCGUUAAUGGCGAGACUGGGGAUGCACCGCAGAGCUCCAGUGACGAUAAGGCCCCACCGGUGCCGCCCGCGUCCUUCAUGCCCGAAUCGAACUCAGAGGCUUGGAAGAAGGCGUCACAUCCCAAGCUGGAAUACACCCAGGUCGACGAGCGAAUCAAGCAGGAGCUCAGGCACAUAGGCUUCCUACCCCAGGAAGGCAAUUUCGAGAGCGAAUACGACGGUGCAUACGACGACGAGGUAGCAGCACGUCUGCGCUUGUUGCAGGGUCGCUUGCGGGAGCAAAUGCUCAUCAACGGCGCGCGCAAAGCCAGGCUUACGGAGCUUGUAAAGGAGCGCAUGGCCCACCAAGAGUACCAGACCAUUCUCGAGGAUCUGGACUCUCAGGUCCAGGCCGCUUAUCUCAAGCGAACUCGUACUAUGGGCAAGAGCAAGAAGAACAAGCGUCCGGGUGGUGCGGGAGGCGGCAGUCAUGCUGUCGGCGGCGCGGCUGGUAUGGCCAGACCGGGCAUCGGCGACUUGACCAAGACGCUCAUGGAACGUCGCAAGAGGUGGAUCGACACUAUUGGGUCGGUUUUUGACGACGAGAACCUGGGCAAGGUCCCGCGCAGCUCCGAACCCGACUCGUCCAUCUUCAAGGCUAACUUGAUGAGCGAUUUGAUGAAGAAGGAGAAGGCGCAGUGGGACGAAGAGGUUGAGGAAGAGUGA